UCAGCAAAAAAAUAAAAAAUGGAUUGAAUUGCACAGUUUAACCUAACUAACAACUCCAACCCACUCCAUCAUAAUACUCUCUCUCUCUCUCUCUCUCUCUCUCUCUCUACCAAACUUGGAUGCAUCUUUACAUUUCCACACGUAAAAUUAUUCUAACUUGCCAACAAAGCCAACACAGUUUUCGAUAUAAUAAACCAUUUUCACUUCCAUGCAAGCCUCAAACACUUGACAUUAACAUAUCCAAUAUUUUCUGCCUUUUGGUCUAUGAAAAGAUGAGAAAUCGCAUGGAGAGAUUGGUAGUUCUUCCAGCUUUUUCUAUUGGCUGUGUUUCGCAUGCAAGUGUUGCUGUAGUUGACACAAACCAAUCCAAGAAGUCGAAAUCGGAAUCAAGCACAACUGUAACAAGAAGACAAGAAGGAGAUGAGAGCUCGUCUGGCGUGAAUAUGAAGAACUCUAGGGGUAAUUUCCUGGCUCUUCCAAAGCCUAACAUCUCCAAUGGGAUACACAGAUUGAUUAGGAGUUUUAGAAAUUUUUCUCAAUUGUUUGUUUACAAAGAAGAGAUGGAAGAGAUGGAGGAGAUGGAAAUGGAGAUCGGACUUCCAACGGAUGUUAAGCACGUGACACACAUAGGUUGGGAUGGGAGUACCACCACCAACCCUGUAAAAGGGUGGGAAAAUCUGAAAACUCCAGAAAUACUUUCUUUCCCUACAAUUUCUCUAAUGCAAUUUGAGCUUGCCAUGGCUUCACAAGCUGACCAACCUCAACCUCUGGGCGUCAAUACCUCCAAGUUUACUUGAUAUCAUGGUGGUGAUGAUGAUAAUGCUAAUAAGCAUGUGAUGAUCAAUGUAGUAUACACCUUGUUACUGGUUUGAUGAUGAUGAUGAUGAUGAUGAUCAAUAUUAUUGAUUGUAAUGAUGGUUGUCAUGAUGUGUGGGGAAAAAAAAAAAAAAGAAGAAAAAUUACAGUGAAACAUUUUGGAACAAAGAAGGUUCUAAUUGUAUGUUUUUUGGUACCUUUUUAAAAAUGGUAACCUUUCAUAUUUCUUCUCAUUUCUGA